AUGUCCACUCGACCCGACUCCGCGGCUUUGCGACCGCCACGAACUCGUCGGUCCAUCGCGCAUGUCCCGCGGUCUAGGAUGACGUCUGGUUUGGACAAGGAGAAUGCGACAACUGAAAUUGGCGCAGCUCAGCCAUUUUUGAAUAAUACAAAGCCUGCUAUGAAAGACAAGAAGUCUCGGAGCAAGAGUCUGGGACCUGGUGGACUUGAUGCCCUCCAGAAUUCUAACGGCAAUCGUCGCCAGUCUACGGCCUCUUUCCCAUUAAAGUCUAUUCUCAAACCUACAGUCCCUGUCUCUCCAGUGCGAACCAUUCCGACAUUCGAGGAAACGCGCCGACGUACACCCGCUCGUAGUGAACAACCGACUCAUGACGGCACGAUGGACGCACAGGGCCAGAUGGGUCAAGGCAAAGACGGUCUCUUGAUUGACUUCGAAGCAACACCAGGACCUCGCACGGCAGAUAAUGACAAUGACGACACGGCGAACCCGUUUGAUACAUUCAAUGCGACUUCUGCCAUUCGCGAGGAGAUGGCUGCUACCAAGGAGCGCGAUGAACAUGAGCGCAAAGAUCGUGAACGACAGAAUAUCCUAGAGAAACGAGCGGCGCGGAGGAAAUCAAUGGCAAAUCGCCGAGUAUCCUUUGCCCCCGAGGCAACCCUACACACCUGGAACGUGGUGGAAAUUCCGGAUGAUUCAACCUCCUCCUCUGCCGCGAACUCAACGAGACGCGCAUCUGCUGCUGCAAACUCCCAGAACCAACCUGCCCCUCCCUCGCCCACCAAAGAUGUUCCAUCUUCGCCAGCAGAGUCCGAAUUCGGAUUCUCACCUGUCCGCACACAAGAUCUGAACCAGAUAAGAGGUCGCCCACCAUCAGGGAGUGGCGAUGAUGACAUCCGGGAUUUAUCUUCUAGUCCGUUCAGCGGAAGCUCGGUAGGAAGCGAAGACACCGGCGCUCAAAGCUUGGGCGGAGAAGAAGAGGAUGAUGGUGAUUCCUCAGGGUCCGACGAUGGAUUUGAUGCCGAGAGCACUGCAAUGAGCAUGGAUGAUAUGACCGCGCGCUCAGGCGUCAGUGUCCAAUCAGAUGCAACUUCUAGCUCAAGCUCUAGUGCUAGACUCAACGAAGCACUGCGCCAGGCUGCAAAAGAAGCAGGAACCGAACUCGAUGAGGACGGAGAGAUGUCAAUGGAAAUUGCGGAUCAAGAAAUAACCGGUGCCUUCCAGCCCUGGAUCAAAAAGGGCCAAAGACAAAGCUUUGACUGGGGAGAUAUUAGUGCACGACACGACGAGGAAAACAUCGACCCAUCCAGGCAUGCCAGCACUCAAGGUCUGCCAGAAUCAGAUGACAUCGACGAGGAUGAAGACCUCAGCAUGGACGUGACGAAUGCCGUAGGACGCAUUCUUGGCAAGUCUCCCGGCCGUCGCCAGAGCACAGCUCGUCGCCAGUCCAUGGCAGAAGAAUCUGACUACGGCGAUCAAACCAUGGAGAUGACCAAUGUCAUAGGUGGUAUUGCGCAGGAGGAUUCGCCUUCAAAGUUUUCUGAAAUUGGCAACGAGGACGAAGGAAUGACAAUGGAAUUCACUUCGGCCGUUGGCAAAAUCUUGGGCAAUCAGCCUACUUAUGCCUCCAAUUCUGAUCACAUGAACUCCGAUCAAGACAAUGAGUCUGAUGGUGGUAUGGACAUGGAGAUGACUGGUGCGAUUGGUGGUAUCCUACAGUCAGGGAUUGAAGCCAAUGACAAAGUGCACGCGAAAAUGAUAAUGGAGCUCGAAACCGACUCGGGUCAGCUUGCUAGCUCGCCUUUUCAAGACCUUGUUCGGCAGUCUCCUGCCAAGUCCCCUGCCAAGUCCCCUGCUAAAUCACCUCGGGCUUAUCAAAUUGCUGCUGUUGCAUCCGAAAACGGGAGCCCCAGUUUGGCAGCCGUGCGGGCCAGGCCUUCCCGGCGUAGCUCCACCCCAGGAUCGUCGGUCCACCCCCAAGCGAAACCUACCACCCCAAGCAAGACGCCCCCCUCUAGCAAUGUUACUUUUAGAAGUGCUUCACCGAAGAAGCUCUUCCAGCCCGAACUUCAGCAAUCAGCAGAUAAGCGCAAGUCUCUACGCCAAAGCUUAUUCGAGCAUAACAUAGCAACGGGAGAGUCGACCCCGGUUUUCAAAUUGCAACCACGCGAGGGACGUCGCUCUUCUGGUCUAGGAAUAGACAAAGAAGGCCUCGGAUCUCCUCGAGUGGCGGCCUUACUCGACAGGCGACAGUCCCUUGGAGAUCGUACGCCUCAGUUCGUUCCGCAAGAGCAGCCCCGGUCCGGUGUACGUUUCGAAGAUCCUCUGCAAAUGCAGGCCGAAGAAGAACGGGAUCGCGAAGAAGAGGAACUCCGAGAAGACGGCCACAUCGCGGGCUCGCAGUCAGAUCGGGAUGUAACCUCAAACUUGAAGGACAUGAUCUCAAAUCUGAGCCCGAAGAAGACUAGGAUUGGCAGUCGCAAGAGUCUCCAUGUUGGGGCUGCCCGCGGGGUUUUGGGCAAGCGCCCAGUCGAGCUGGAUCUGGAUGAAGAUGAAGUCGAGAAUUCGCCCAAGCGACUGCGUGGCCACAACGUCAGCCCAGUCAAAGGUGUCAAGUUACCGGCACCGAUGUUCAAGGAAGGAAAUGUCCGGCGGUCGAUGCUUUCGCCCGUCCGUAGAGCUGCUAGCUCAUCGCCUCCGAGGGGUAGCACCACGCCUUCCCAGCAACCUCGGAGUGCUUCCCAUACCUCGACAACUCCUCUCAAACAUGGUAUUGAUGCUCUUCAUAUUGCUUCUGAUCCUCAGCAGCCAGAAGAAGAAGAGAAUACACCCGUCGAAGAACCCUCUGUGGAAAUUGAGUCUAUUCAGUUGCAGGACUUCCUGAAAAUGACCAAUAUUCAUUUUAUGGAACUUACUACGACAAAAAGACGACACACAACAGCCCCUGGCAGUGCCACUAAGAAGCUGACACGACCAUCUGGUGAGAAUAUGCCUAAACCAGGCUCCAUAACAUUUGAUGAUUGCGUGGCAGCUGGCUUUUGUACAGUCCCAAUGCUUGAACUGUACCAGCAUUCAUGUCGGGAGUUGAAGUCCUAUAUUUCCGAAGGCCGACAAGUGAUCCGCUCUAUCGAGGCAGAAACAUAUGCCGAUAAUCCAGCUCUCUUCAAGGAGUAUGUCACCGCUCCACCAGAUAUCCGAGUGAUCAUGGACAAUCAAUUCCGAAACGUUAAGACCCAUGCCCGUCUGCUGAGUAAAGCUACAUGGUAUGAAUGGCGGAUGAAGUUGCUUGAGGGGCUGAAGGAAGGGCUCAUUCGCCACGUGGAUGAAAUGAAAGCAGACGACGAUCUGCUAUCUGAACGCGAAGAGUUGCUCAACAGAAGUGUACCUUUACUCGUGGAGAAGCACGCCUCUCUCGAGCAAGAGGCAACCAACCUACAGCAGUUAGUGGAUGAGAUGGAGAACUGUGAUCAAGAUGAGCUGCGCAGUACGCGUGGCAAGCUGUCUGAGGUGGACUCCGAAAUUGCAGCCAAGAGACGGGAACUUGAGCAGUUGCAGAAGGAAGUCCAUGAGAAGACGACCUUCAUCGAGGCUGGAGCCGAAAUGCGGGAUGAAUACCUGGCUCAAAUCCAGGAGGCAGAGCGUGUGAAGGAAGAGUGUCGUGGCUGGAGUGCCCGGGAGAUCAACGAAUUGAAGGCCUCUGUCCAACGAAUUCAGCAACAAACCGGCUGGUCCAUCGUUUCGGCCUCGACUCCCUCGGAUGCAUCGAAGGGGCCUUUAUUAAAGAUGGCUUACCGGGACCAGCUCCAACUAGAGUUCUAUCCUGGAGCUUUUGCCUCCAAAAACGGUGGCCAAGACGAGGGAAAGAACUACCCGAUGGAACUGAGUUCCCAGAAGAAUGCCAACAUCUCUCCCAUUGCAUCCUUAGUCCUCCAUUCGCUACAGCACCACCUGACUACCAUCCAGCAAUCCACUGUCGCACCUAAACAGCUCUUACGCUUCAUCUCUAGCGCAUGGGACCGCACAGUUGGGCUGGAAAACGAAGCGCGCAUGCUGGAAUUCUGUGGUGUCACCCGCCUCACCCUAUCCAAGCCUGAUGAGGGCUCUCUUUCUCUACGCACACGCUGCACGCUCCUCGGCAAUGCCACUGUCUCCACACCUGGCCGCAAGGGCGCUGAUUCGCAGAACACCAGUGCCAAGCGAAUUGAUGUUGACUUCACUGUCCGUACCCGCAUUGACAAAACAAAUGCAGAGAACACUGUCGGUUCCUUAGACUUUGAUAUUGACGUCCUGGCGACGAAGGUCUAUGGGUUCGGAACAGGCAACAAGUCUGGUCUUCCAGACAAGGAGUUGCAAACCAUCCUUGGCAAAGGGCUUCGUCGGGGGAAGGACAGCGAUGUUCAGCUAGGAGAUGGCGUGUGGUGCAAGGCAGUGCGCGCGUUCACGGCAUCUGUGUUUUAA